GUAGAUUUUUCAGUGCGCACACUCGAACGGAACAGCAGACGUUUUUCAGCUUGAGAAUGGCUGACGUGAAGGCACUCGAACAUCCUACACUGAAGGUGCCGUAUGAGCUAUUGAAUAAGAAAUUCAGGUCAGCCCAGAAGUGUAUCGACCGUGAAGUUGCACAUAUUCAUUCUGCAGGAAAUGACCUGGAAGUGUGUCUUCAACAGAAGAGUCCCACUAUUGGAGAUGUUACUUGGGCCAUUGACAGCAUGGUAGAAAAGCUGUGUCUUCUUAAAAGAAAAGCUGAUGAGAGUAUCAAUGAGGAAUUGGAAGCAGCACGUAUGAUAAAACGUCGUGUGGAACAUUUAAAAGAGGCAGAGUCAUUAGAGCCACAUGCUAAACCUCUAUGGCACAAGAAGAGACUUGAUCGAAUGUUGGUGGAGUAUUUCCUGAGGUCUGGUUACUACAACACAGCUAUAAAACUAGCACAACAUUCAGACAUUGAGGAUCUGACCAAUAUUGAUUUAUUUCUGACAUCAAAACAAGUGGAGGAAUCACUUUUGCAAAGGGAAACAACUCCUUGUCUUAAUUGGUGCUAUGAUAAUAAAUCAAAAUUGAGGAAGAUGAAGAGUACAUUAGAAUUCAAACUUCGUCAACAAGAAUUCAUAGAACUGGUGCGAAGUAAUCAGAGGAUGGAGGCUGUACGACAUGCCAGGAAAUAUUUUGUUAACUUAGAAGAGGACCAAUUAUCAGAUGUGCAGAGGGUGAUGGGCCUCCUGGCAUUUCCCAGUGACACAAGUAUUACAACUUACCAGGACCUGUUAAAUGAUGAACGAUGGCAGGACUUGGUCCAGCAGUUCCGCUAUGAGAACUUUAAACUUCACCAGCUCAACCAGUCAUCAGUGUUUGCUGUCAGUUUACAGGCAGGGUUAUCUGCCCUUAAGACACCAUUUUGUUACAAGGAGGAGCACGAAGGGAGGAACGCUGACUGUCCUGUGUGUGUAAGGAACCUGAAUGAACUUGCACGACCACUACCCUACGCUCACUGUGCCAACUCCAAGCUUAUCUGUACCAUCACAGGACUGCCUCUGAAUGAGCACAAUCCUCCGAUGUCACUCCCAAACGGUCAUGUGUAUGGCUUCAAUUCUUUAGCUGAGCAAGCUGCACAAAAUGACGGGCGAGUAGUUUGUCCCAGAACCAGAGAAAUAUUCCACAUAGAUGAGGCAGAAAAAGUCUUUGUUAUGUAGACGCAACUGACUUGUGUUUCAAUAUAUGCCUGUGUAUACUCCCUUCCCUGCAAAGCUGUGAAGCUAGUAUUCGCUAAAUGUUUCAGCAAGACCAUCCCACAUAGUAGCGUAUUGUAACCAUCAAAAUUGUUAAAAUAUGUCUUCUGACAUGAAAAAUGGGUUUUUUCAUUGUUAGAUAAUUCAAUGUUUUUGAGAGACACGAGUACCUGUAUUGGUAUUUUACUAAACCAACAAACUACAGGGGAGAGUCAAUCCUUGGACCAACUUUUUAAAGCUUUUUCUUGGAUAGAGAUUGGAUACCUUCAUGAUAUCUGUUCAGUAUAGCUUCCACGUUCUCUUUAUUGGGCAAGACAAAACUCCAAUUUCACAAAGAAAAUGAAUCCCUUUCAGUGAACAGGUGGUGCUAGUAAUACUAUUGUUGUCAUCUGCAAAUAACUUGGCUCAUUUUAAGCUAAAGAUGAGCGAAUUGUAAUUAAAGAACAGAUGAGGAUUAAAUGUUGAACUGAGUGCUAAUUAGUCUUGUAAGAUUCCAGUGUAAAUAUGCUGAGUUGAAUAAUCCUUUCAACACAUUCAGUUGGUCCUUGCAAUAUCUAAUUACUUUAUGAAUCGGUAAUCUCAAAUGGUGUUUAUGUUUAACAUUGUAGAAUUUUAACAUGUCAUUUUAAGAUAAGAAUUGAUUGUGCAUCAGGAAAUCUAUUUUUUCAACAGAAGACAUUAUACAUGAUGUACAAUGGUUUGAUCAUAUGUUUUCUGAACAAUGUUCUGACAUAAGUGGUACGUAACAAUGGUUGAGAGCAGUCUAGUUGUCAUGUUGACCACAGUACAUAACGACAUUCUGACAUAAGUUUAGUUGUCAUGUUGACCGCGGUACAUAACGACAUUCUGACAUAAGUUUAGUUGUCAUGUUGACCGCGGUACAUAACGACGUUCUGACAUAAGUCUAGUUGUCAUGUUGACAAUUGUACAUAAUGACGUUCUGACAUAAGUUUAGUUGUCAUAUUGACCGCGGUACAUAACGACGUUCUGACAUAAGUUUAGUUGUCAUGUUGACCGCAGUACAUAACAAUGUUCUGACCUAAGUUUAGUUGUCAUGUUGACAGUUGUACAUAAUGACGUUCUGACAUAAGUCUAGUUGUCAUGUUGACAGUUGUACAUAAUGACGUUCUGACAUAAGUCUGGUUCUCAUGUUGACAGUUGAACAUAAUGACGUUCUGACAUAAGUUUAGUUGUCGUAUUGACCGCGGUACAUAACGACGUUCUGACAUAAGUUUAGUUGUCAUGUUGACCGCAGUACAUAACAAUGUUCUGACAUAAGUUUAGUUGUCAUGUGGACCGCGGUACAUAAUGACGUUCUGACAUAAGUUUAGUUGUCAUGUUGACAGUUGUACAUAAUGACGUUCUGACAUAAGUCUAGUUGUCAUGUUGACAAUUGUACAUAACGAUGUUCUGAUAUAAGUAUAGCUGUCAUGUUGACAAUUGUACAUAAUGACGUUCUGACAUAAGUUUAGUUGUCAUGUUGACAAUUGUACAUAACAACAUUCUGACCUAAGUUUAGUUGUCAUGUUGACAGUUGUACAUAAUGACGUUCUGACAUAAGUUUAGUUGUCAUGUUGACUGCGGUACAUAAUGACGUUCUGACAUAAGUCUAGUUGUCAUGUUGACAGUUGAACAUAAUGACGUUCUGACAUAAGUCUAGUUGUCAUGUUGACAAUUGUACAUAAUGACGUUCUGACAUAAGUCUAGUUGUCAUGUUGACAAUUGUACAUAACGAUGUUCUGACAUAAGUCUAGUUGUAAUGUUGACAAUUGUACAUAAUGACGUUCUGACAUAAGUCUAGUUGUCAUGUUGACUGCGGUACAUAAUGACGUUCUGACAUAAGUCUAGUUGUCAUGUUGACAAUUGUACAUAAUGACGUUCUGACAUAAGUCUAGUUGUCAUGUUGACAAUUGUACAUAAUGACGUUCUGACAUAAGUCUAGUUGUCAUGUUGACUGCGGUACAUAAUGACGUUCUGACAUAAGUCUAGUUGUCAUGUUGACAAUUGUACAUAAUGACGUUCUGACAUAAGUUUAGUUGUCAUGUUGACCGCGGUACAUAACGACAUUCUGACAUAAGUUUAGUUGUCAUGUUGACCGCGGUACAUAACGACGUUCUGACAUAAGUCUAGUUGUCAUGUUGACAAUUGUACAUAAUGACGUUCUGACAUAAGUUUAGUUGUCAUAUUGACCGCGGUACAUAACGACGUUCUGACAUAAGUUUAGUUGUCAUGUUGACCGCAGUACAUAACAAUGUUCUGACCUAAGUUUAGUUGUCAUGUUGACAGUUGUACAUAAUGACGUUCUGACAUAAGUCUAGUUGUCAUGUUGACAGUUGUACAUAAUGACGUUCUGACAUAAGUCUGGUUCUCAUGUUGACAGUUGAACAUAAUGACGUUCUGACAAAAGUUUAGUUGUCAUAUUGACCGCGGUACAUAACGACGUUCUGACAUAAGUUUAGUUGUCAUGUUGACCGCAGUACAUAACAAUGUUCUGACAUAAGUUUAGUUGUCAUGUGGACCGCGGUACAUAAUGACGUUCUGACAUAAGUUUAGUUGUCAUGUUGACAGUUGUACAUAAUGACGUUCUGACAUAAGUUUAGUUGUCAUGUUGACAAUUGUACAUAACAACAUUCUGACCUAAGUUUAGUUGUCAUGUUGACAGUUGUACAUAAUGACGUUCUGACAUAAGUUUAGUUGUCAUGUUGACUGCGGUACAUAAUGACGUUCUGACAUAAGUCUAGUUGUCAUGUUGACAGUUGAACAUAAUGACGUUCUGACAUAAGUCUAGUUGUCAUGUUGACAAUUGUACAUAAUGACGUUCUGACAUAAGUCUAGUUGUCAUGUUGACAAUUGUACAUAAUGACGUUCUGACAUAAGUCUAGUUGUCAUGUUGACAAUUGUACAUAAUGACGUUCUGACAUAAGUCUAGUUGUCAUGUUGACAGUUGUACAUAAUGACGUUCUGACAUAAGUCUAGUUGUCAUGUUGACUGCGAUACAUAUUGACGUUCUGACAUAAGUCUAGUUGUCAUGUUGACAAUUGUACAUAAUGACGUUCUGACAUAAGUCUAGUUGUCAUGUUGACAGUUGUACAUAAUGGCGUUCUGACCUAAGUUUAGUUGUAAUGUUGACAAUUGUACAUAACGAUGUUCUGACAUAAGUUUAGUUGUCAUGUUGACCACGGUAUAUAAAGAUGUUCUGACAUAAGUUUAGUUGUCAUGUUGACCACGGUAUAUAACAAUGUUCUGACAUAAGACUAUCAGUCAUGUUGACCGUGGUACCAAGUGCAGUACAUUUAUUGUUUAACUGAGAUGUGUUGCUAAAUGAUUUGAAUGAAGGUCAGGUAUAUUUGUUUAUAUUUCAAACAGUCUUUCAAAUUAAAAGUAAUGUGUCUGAUUGUUUAUAUAACAAAAAUGUUUUCACAAUAUAGUGUACGAAGGUCCAAUUUUAUCUUGAGGGUCACUGUGUGUGUAUUUUUUUCUCGCAUGCCUCAGCUGAGCAUCCGUUCAGGAGCCAUGACUGCAUGGUACUGGUACCUAAAGUCUUAAUGCGAGUUGGUCCCAGGAACACACCUCAUGUUAACCCCAAGUGGUGUCUGCUGACCCUAAAGAAAUUUUGAAUGAUGCAGUUGCAUACUGUGAAGAACAAAAGGCAUACACUGCUGGUAGUGUGCAGUGAUUGAGUGUAGUAUUAUACCUCGGUGUGGAGAUUAUGUUUGUGAUGCAGUGUUUAGAUGAAAGGUAUCUGGUUGUGUUUAAGUAAUAGAGUUUGUCCUGAGGUAUAUUAUUUAACUUCUACUUCAUUUCUUUAAAAUCUGAAGAAAUUUUUUCUUUACCAUUGGUUAAGUGGAAAGCUUGCCCAAGAAUACAUCUACAGUUACUUAAACUUUGAUACAGCUGUUUGGUCCUUAUAGGGCCUUCAGUGAUAUUAGGGGCCAACACUAUGUAUAGAAAUCCAGAGGGUUUGAGAGUUGAUGAAAUCUAAACCAGCCUACGAUAUUCAAAUAUGAAAACAGAAGGGGUGUGCAUGCACUAACCCCCAAAUUUUAUCAAUUCAAGAGAAUUAAAGCUUAUUAUAUUAAUCACACUAUAUCUGAAGAGUCAUUUUAGGUCUGAAAAAAAAAGGAAAAAGAUGUGUAUUUGAGUCAGAAUAGCCUAUGUAUACAGUACAAAUCAUGGAAACCACAAAUACAUAACAUUAAUUUGCUUACUUGGAAGACCUAUAGGUCUGAUUAAAGUAUUUGAUAGUAAGGUAUGAAAACAUUAUUUUCAUAUUACAUGUUAAUUAUGUUCAUUUUAAUUGAGAAAAGAAACGUCAGACGGGUACAAGUGAAAGUAUAUGUUUGAAGUUAACUGUAUGUGUGAAGCGGAGUGUUUUUCAUACGUUUGUAUACUAGUUGCAGAGUAUGUUGUGAUUAAAGAGAUUCCAUAAUUGUUUGAGGUUUGUAAAGGAUUGUGCUGGUUGUGUGCAUGUUAACAUAACACAUUCUGACUGGAAUGUUUGAAGGAGAGAUGUUUUUGAUGACUACCUAACCUUUAAGUUAAAAGAUCCUGUGACAUUAUAUUUUCUAACCUAAAGAAUAAUUAUCGUGUCCUUUGAUACUGUUUUAACUUUUCACUCACAGUUACUUCAACCUAGAUCUGUUGGCAAUCUAAAUUAUGAAAUCAGAAACUGUAUGUUAAUAAGCCCCAUUUAACCCUAACCUGCUCUAGUAUAUGAUUUACACACCUUAAAGCUGUAUACACCUCUUAGCAUUUAUAAUUAAACUAAAUCUGUAUUUAAAAAUGAUUACCAAACAGUACUAAACAAGUGACAUCAACUUAUAUAAUGUACAAGCACUCAUGUUGGUUAGAAUGAAAAUGAAAGUAUUAAUUGUGGUCUUUAUAUGGGAGCAAACUGGAAAACCUGGUGAAAGCCCAUGUGACCUAUACCAUUUCCUGUCAGAUCGGGGUAGCUGUAGCAAACAUAGAAGAUAUAGGAGUAAGUAAAUUAGUAAAUAAGGAGUACAUUUACAUUUUCUAAAAGAAAAAAACUACCAAUGGGAUACCACAUAUUAAGUUCAAACUUUUUGACAGUGCAGGGAGUAUUUUGUACAUAUGUUCAUAAAAAUUAUAUAUUGAUACAUACAGACCUGUACAUACCAGGUAUAUAUACUGAUAUAUCAAUACUGGUAUAGAUACAUAGGAGUUUUGACUCAAAAAUCAACAAACCUAUCAAGAAAAUUAAAUAAUUGUAUCAGAUUAUUUUCUAGUAUAAAAUGCAUGUCAUAUAUUGAUGUGAACUUAAACUAAAAUGUCCUCUAGUGGAAUGCUGUAGGGACUGAUAAUCUCCUUAUUUCAAUUACAAUAUAAUUACAAUAGCAGCAUGGAACUUGGCGAACUUGCACACUUGUUUUCUGAAAAUCAUCUGGAUUUUUUUUAAGAUAAUGAAAAAGUAGAUGAAUAUUUCAAAAAGUUCAGUUUUCGAAUAUACAUUAGUAAUUUUUCACAAACUUUGCCAAUUUUAUUCAGGAAUAUUUAAAGUUUCUGAUUGAGGAUAUAUAUAACUUUAACUUCUAUGAAAGUGAUCUUUGUAGAAUUUAUAAAAAGAACAUCUUUAAAGAUAAAGUGAUUUUUAAGAGUUAUUUGGUAUGUCUAGGAAAUAUAAAAAGGAAGGUUUUUUUGUUGACUGGCAAUUUGCAUUAGAAAGAUUUUCCUAGAGAUGCUGGAUUUUAAACAGUUCUCAGAUAAAAAAGAAUCAAAGAACUUAUCAGAUGGAAUUUGAAGAAUUAUGCUUGUUUUCACUGCGGAUAUAUAUAUAUCAUAUGUAUAUCUAAGUCUGUGUUUUCACUGAUGGGGUUGCAUCAAAAUUUAUUCCUGAAAGUGAAUUUUUCACCAACUUUUCAGAAAGUGCUUACAGUUGUGGAACAACUUCUAUUUUUCACCUUCAUAUAAGUUUGUGUUUGUUUUAAGAUUUUGUCAUUGAAACACUUCAGGAAGUGUUGAAAAUUCAUUGUGUUUGUUAAGUAAUUAUCUACCAUGCUAAGAGGCAGGUGCCAGAUAGAACUGCCAAAGGGGGGUAACUGCUGAGUACCAAACGCCACCUUGAGAUUUUUUUUUAUGUUUUCUUGCUUCAAGUGAUUUAGAUAUGGAUGCAAAUGUCAAUACUGAGUUCCAUAUGCAAAGCAUAGUAUAUUAAAUGAUUAAAAAUAUAUA